AUGGUCAAGACACAAGUGGAGGAUAUGACACAUGCAGUCCAUGGAAACAAACUAUCACUAUUGAAGGUUUUACAAGAAGUAAAGACCAGAAAUGUGGCAUUCAAUGUGAACUACCCUUCAAGUCCAUCAUCAGAAAACACGCCAUUGAUAUUCAGCACCAUCCUCUACAACGAAGGCUCUGGCUACAGCACCAGCACGGGAACGUUCACUGCUCCAGUCUCUGGAACCUACGUCUUCUGGACACAUCUGGCACUGACGCAUGCAAACACGAACAUGUCCUUCGACAUCAUCAAGUCAGGAGGAGUGAUCAUGGCCAACGGCUACACGGAGACGGACUCGAGCAUUGAUGAAACUGAUGCUUCUGCCAUUACGGUAACUCAUCUGGACAAGGGGGAGGAAACGUGGGUGCAGAUGGCCUUCUCACGUGAUAUCUACCCAAGUUCAUCAUAUUUCGGUGGCGCUCUGCUGUCGGAGGACUGAGUACUGAGUUCCAUCAUGCACUGACUGGGACACCAUAAGUGGCAUUGUGAUCAUCCCAUUCAUACACGACACCAACGGCAAGCAAUACGUAUAUCUCUUUCCCCACUAGCAAUCUGCUUAACAGUGAGUGAAUGAGUGGGUUUAGUUUUACGCCGCUUUCAGAAAUAUUCCAGCAAUAUCGCGGCGGGGGACACCACAACUGGGCUUCAUACAUUGUACCCAUGUUGGGAAUCGAACCCGGGUAUUUGGCGUGACGAGCGAACGCUUUAACCACUACGCUACCACACCCCAAAUCUUAUUAAUGCUUAGAUGCAUUGGAGUAUAUGGGUAUUUUCAGGUGACAUUAGAAGAAAAGCGACAUAUCCUUAUCCAUAAUGUUUUGAAAUGUCUGCUGAAAGAAGAGCGAUUUGCUCGAUUUCGAUUUUAUCAUAAGAAAUCGUUUAUGAACCUUAUCGGAAACAUAUUGUAUAAAUGGGGCAUUAUUUUGAGUAUUGGAAACUGAUGGGUUAA